CGGGCGCGAGCGGGGCCCAGGCUGCACCCACCGCGCGGACGCCUCGGGCUCCCCCGCGCGCCGACGGGGCGCCCCCGGGAAGGCACCCAGGGCCCCGGCCCCCUGCUCGGAUCUGCGGGCACCCGGCGCCCCGGGCCGGGCCGAGAUGCCCAAGAAGAAGCCGACGCCCAUCCAGCUGAACCCGGCCCCCGACGGCUCGGCCGUGAACGGCACCAGCUCGGCCGACACGACUGUGUGCAGAGGCAUGCCGUGGGAAGGUAAUUUAUAUGAUUUGAGAAGCCUGUUUGAUUCCAAGGGGACCAGCCUGGAGGCGCUGCAGAAGAAGCUGGAGGAGCUGGAGCUGGACGAGCAGCAGCGCCGCCGCCUGGAAGCCUUCCUGACGCAGAAGCAGAAGGUGGGGGAGCUGCGGGACGACGACUUCGAGAAGCUGAGCGAGCUGGGCGCCGGCAACGGUGGCGUGGUCUUCAAGGUCUCCCACAGGCCGUCGGGGCUCGUCAUGGCCAGGAAGCUGAUCCACCUGGAGAUCAAGCCGGCCAUCCGCAACCAGAUCAUCCGCGAGCUGCAGGUGCUGCACGAGUGCAACUCGCCCUACAUCGUGGGCUUCUACGGCGCCUUCUACAGCGACGGCGAGAUCAGCAUCUGCAUGGAGCACAUGGAUGGAGGUUCCUUGGAUCAGGUCCUGAAGAAGGCUGGGAGAAUCCCCGAGCAGAUCCUGGGGAAAGUCAGCAUUGCUGUAAUCAAAGGCCUGACUUACCUGCGGGAGAAACACAGGAUCAUGCAUCGAGACGUGAAGCCCUCCAACAUCCUGGUCAACUCGCGCGGCGAGAUCAAGCUGUGUGACUUCGGGGUCAGCGGCCAGCUCAUCGACUCCAUGGCCAACUCCUUCGUGGGGACCCGCUCCUACAUGUCGCCGGAGCGGCUGCAGGGCACACACUACUCCGUGCAGUCGGACAUCUGGAGCAUGGGGCUGUCGCUGGUGGAGAUGGCGGUGGGCAGGUACCCCAUCCCGCCGCCCGACGCCAAGGAGCUGGAGCAGCUGUUUGGGUGCCCGGUGGAGGGGGGAGCGGCCGAGACCCCACCCCGGCCCAGGACCCCCGGGAGGCCCCUCAGCUCUUACGGGAUGGACAGCCGGCCGCCCAUGGCCAUCUUUGAGCUCCUGGAUUACAUCGUCAAUGAGCCUCCCCCUAAGCUGCCCAGUGGGGUCUUCAGUCUGGAAUUCCAGGAUUUUGUGAAUAAAUGCUUGAUAAAGAACCCGGCGGAGAGAGCAGACCUGAGGCAGCUCAUGGCCCACGCCUUCAUCAAGCGGUCCGAGGUGGAGGAGGCGGACUUCGCGGGCUGGCUGUGCUCCACCACCGGCCUCCACCAGCCCAGCACCCCCACGCACUCGGCCGGCGUCUGAGUCUGAGCGGGGGCCCGGCGGAGAACCAGUCUGAGCCGCAGCCUGGGUGCACGGGACACCCCUCCCCUGCCCGCCUCAGUCGCCCCAAGCCCCCGUGCCAGCGACCCGAACCCGCCGUGGGAACCCCAGCCACACUGAGCCGACUGCCUCCCGGGCGGUCGGACAGCCUGGUGCGGGGUGUCCCUCCCGUCCCGAGCGGCCCCCCAGGACGUGCAUGUGGAGCAUGCUUUGUCGCCACGAACCCAGCACCAGUGCCCCCCACCCCCCCGUGUGGAAUUCGGGGUCCGCGGGGCCCCUCCCGGCUCCUCACUGCCACCCCCGGGGCCUUGCCUGUGCACCCACGUGGCGGCCGCGGACUCCGGGUGGGUUUUCCUAUUUAUUUUUCUAAACCUGCCAUGUGGGCUCUUCGGUGGCUUCCGUCGUUCAAAGUUAGACGGACCGAGGCUUUGAACGUCUCCGAGUUUCCCUCCAAACCCGAGUCCUGAUGCUGUGGUCAGCGACAGCGUGGACGGUGCCUGCACCCUGUCCCGAGAUCCCUCUAGCCAUCCCGGCUCCAGGUGUUGAACAACGCGCCGCUCUCGUUCUAAUAAAGAUACCGUCAAGUCCC